AUGGAGAUUGGGUUGCCCACGGACGUGCAGCACGUCGCGCACGUCACGUUCGAUAGGUUCCAUGGAUUCCUGGGGCUGCCCGUUGAAUUCAGCCAGAAUGCAAGUGUCUUCGGAGUUUCAACAGAAUCAAUGCAGUGUUCCUAUGAUUCCAGAGGAAACAGUGUCCCAACAAUCCUCUUGAUGAUGCAGAGACGCCUUUAUGAACAGGGUGGUCUUCAGGCAGAAGGUAUCUUCCGCAUAAAUGCAGAGAACAGCCAGGAGGAGUUUGUGAGAGACCAAUUAAAUAGUGGAAUUGUUCCGGAUGGCAUUGAUGUCCACUGUUUGGCAGGUCUAAUCAAAGCCUGGUUUAGAGAAAUGCCGAGGGGGGUUCUGGACUCUAUCCCACCUGAACAGGUGAUGCAAUGCCAAUCUGAAGAGGACUGUGCUCGGGUAGCGAAAUGCCUUCCACCAGCUGAAGCAGCUUUGCUUGACUGGGCUGUUAAUCUGAUGGCUGAUGUAGUCCAAGAAGAACAGAUAAACAAGAUGAAUGAUCGCAAUAUUGCUAUGGUUUUUGCACCAAAUAUGACUCAGAUGGCAGAUCCUUUGACUGCACUUAUGUAUGCAGUCCAAGUGAUGAAUUUUCUCAAGAUGCUGGUACAAAAGACUCUCAAGGAUAGAGAGGAGUCCACUCCAGAGGAUGUUUUGCUGCCCCAGAAGGACCCAUCUGAUGAAAAUGGGCAUCAGAAACCCAGCGUGACACUUGAUUCUCUCCUUGAGGAAGGAUCUAGGCGCCCUUCUUUUGCCAAGGAAGAGCCCCUUCUGAACAGUCCUGCCCACAGCACUGAUGAUAAGUCUAAUGAAACUAAUACCACUUUAGGAGUCACUGCUGCUUUCACUGCCCAGACAAGUGAAGUAGUAACGAGUGUGGAGGACUCCACUAGUGGCUCACAACCUGCAACUGCUGGCCCAGUUGCUAUUGCUGAUGCUUCCAGCACGACAGCUACACAUUCUCUUCAAGGCAAGGGGAGCCGAAGCCUGAAUCGGAGGAGGACUAGAAAGGGCAAAGGCCAGGGCCAGUCUGGUACACGCACCGCACCUGCAGCUGAGAAAUCAAGAGGUGCGAGCAUCGUGAGCCGGAUAAACUCGAAGGUUGAGCGGAUCGAAGCAUGGAGAUGA